GCUCGCGGGAUUUUUAACUUUUUUUUUCCCAUUGGCACUCCUCCGUUUGCCAACUUUAUGUGUGCUUCUACAUAUUUACCACCGCAUUCAGUUGAGCUGCUACGCUUUUACCACUCUCGCUGAUGUGGUAUGUCAGGUGGUGCUUCUAGCGUCGAACGGAGCCUGGGAGCCCUGUUUUGGCAUGACAAAUGACGCCGCUGCCCUCACCCUCUUCUUUUGUUGCGAGGCUGCCCUUUUCUUCCAGCGUUAGUCCUCAUGAAAAAGAGAAGGAGGAUUUCAAGAGCCUCGUCCCGCCGGGACGCUCCGAAGAGACGCCUCAGGAGCAGCGCCGACACCUGGCUCUUGAUGGCGCUGUCCAGGUUGGGGGACAUGGCUUCCUCCUCUUCUUGGUGCGCGCUCCGUGCGGGGUGGACAACGCCGUCAGGGAGGCUUUGUUUGGAUAGGCUUGGAUCGGCGUGGAUUGGUAUGGAUCCCGGUCUCGGAUGGAAACCAGCCCACACCGGAGUUUCAGCCCACGUGGAUGCAGAAUUGCGGAUUUGGCUGACGCCGGGUUGGAGCCAAACCCGCUCGAACCACGUCAAUCCAAGGGAGAAAGAAAUAUCCUCACCCGAGGCCGGGACUUUGCUCCCUCCUCGCGACUCUGCCAGCGCUCCCGCAGCACGCGACUCCGCCACCGCUCCCGACUCGCCGGCGAGGGCAACACCACCGCUCGCACUUGAAAAAGGGUUUCAGUACACCGCGGCGGCCGACGAGCCGGCUCCCUUCUCCCCCUGUCGGCAACCGAGACCGGCGGUGGCCGGUGGAUCAGGGUUGGAGUCAGAUCGAGACGGCGGCAAGAUCCUGGGGUCUCCAAGAUCGUGAGGAAUCAAAGCUAUGCUUGGAAGGGGCUCUCCUAAGUUGCAUCUAAUGCAAGCUGCAUCUUUAAAGAAGAAGAGACCAUCACCUAAAGCAAGUGGAAAAGUGGACCGCUCAAGAGCGCAUUGGAAUUUAGGACUUGAAAAAGCAUUGGUUGAGUUGCUCCAUGACUACAACAAUGAUUGCUAUAGGGGGCAAAAUGGAUGGUCUACAGAUGCAUGGAAUAGAAUAGUGAAAUCUUUCCAUCAGAACUUCAAGCAUGUCUCAUUUUCCAGGCAACAGAUUCAGGACAAGGAGAAGGAACUUAAGAGGGAAUAUCGGAUGCUCAAAGAAGCGAGGCAGCAAAGUGGGGCAUCAUGGGAUGAUAAGCUGUGCAUGAUUGUGGCUGAUCCACCUGUCUGGGCAAACAUCAUCACAUCACAUCCAAAGGCUGCCAAGUUCCAGUCCAAGCCUUUUCCUCUAUUUGAGAGAUUAGGAGAGUUAUAUGAUGGCCACACAGCUGAGGGAUCUUUGAACAUGACAUCUCUUGCUGACCCAACACCAUCUGAGCCAAGUAUCACACAAAUGAGUGGUGGUGACGGAUUACAAGCUGAAGAAUUUGAAUCCCCACUGGUGCCUCUUCAUGAUGAGGAUGAUGUGAUGAUAUUAGACCAGCCCAGUAGACCUACUGCAACAAGAAAAGCAAAUGCUCCUGCUGUCCCUAAUGGAGGAAAUAAGGUUCAGAAAAGGCAGAUGGAAGCUGCUAUCUCUCAUGGAGGAAAGAGGGUUCAGAAAAGGCAGAAGGAAGCUGAAGUAGCUCACAUGAUGGAGAAGUAUCUGGAAGUAAAAACUAAGCAAGUUGAAGGUGAGGUUGCAGAGAAAUCAAGGGCAGGAUCAGGAGCGGAUGAGUACUCCAUCAAGCAAUGCAUUAGUGUCAUCAGCACCAUGGUAGAACUCACCGGCGAAGAAAAGGCUGAAGCCUUUGAUAUUUUCAAAGAUGCUCAGAACCGGGAAAUCUUCAUGAAUGCAGAUUCACCAACACGUCUGAUUUGGAUAAGGAAGAAAUGUAUGCAGACAUGAGGGAAACAAUAUUGAGUUUUGAGUGAGAGGAAUAGAAGUGAAAGUGCACCUUUCGUUUCAAGUGCAAGUCUAAGUGGUUUCAGUUCAACUUCUUUCGGCACCGCUGGGAUGCUAGCAAUAUUUUAUUUAUUUAAGAAUCUUGAAAACAAAUGUCUUGUUUCCUAAAUUUGUGUAUGCAUGUGCAAGCCCUAGUUCAAUAUGCUGAUGGUCACGUCUUCCUUACUUAGCCGUGAGCUACUUCGAAACUUGGUGAAGAAUGUUCUGGUAUAUGACCAUGUGAUGUGAUUACAUUCGACAUAUUUUUUUUAUAAUGUUUCAAUCGUUGCUGCACCUUCCAAUACAUUUAUUUUUUAUUUUUUACUGAUGAAAAAUGGCUUCUCUUGCUCAUUUUCUGUUAUUUUUGAAUUUUAGACAUGGAUUUUGCUAGUAUUUUCUUGAAUUUUAGAGCUCGUUUUCUGAUUUUUGUGCUCUCCCAUGGUUCGGUUCUGAAUUCUAGAACACUACCAUUUUGAAUUAUGGUUAAAUAAUCAGUAAAGUCAACGUUGAAUUAGCUUUGAUGAGCAUUAGUAGUACACGAACACAAUAUAAUAAAACGCCAAACUGAGCUAAUUAGGCGCACAAUCCAAAUGAUGCCAGGGAAUCAAGGGAUUGGGUCACGUUGGUGGGAGGGGAUCAACCCAAUCCCUGCGUGGGGGAUUUCUCUCUUGUAUUACUUUCCCCAGCAGCCAAACGAAGCCGGAGAGGGGAAGGCACACGACGCCUGAAGAAGAGGGCGAGGGCAGCAGCGUCAUUUGCCAUGCCAAAAUAGAGCUUCCAGACUCCGUUCCACGCCGGAAGCACCACCUGUCAUGCCACAUCAGCGAGAAUGGUAAAAGUGUAGUAGCUCAACUGAAUGUGAUGGCAAAUAUGUAGGAACAUACACAAAGCUGGCAAACAGAGGAGUGCCAACCAUAAAAGUACAAAAAGUUAAAAAUCCAAAGCUCUCGGCCGCAGUGAGACAGAACAUCAAGGAGUCUGCUACGUCCUAUAUUCUCGCUUCAGCAGAAGUCAAUUUUUUUUACCAAAUAUAUAUAACUAAAUAUUAAUGUUUAUGACAUAUAACCUUCGUAUAAUUAGAUGAUUCUUUGAAUAUAUAUUUUAUAAUAAACAAAUGAUACUAUUUUUCUAUAAAUCUAGUUAAACUUAAAAAGUUUUUUUUUUUACAUAGAGUAUCGAGAAGAAGUGCUGAGACGAGCUCAAUGUACACUUGAGGGCUUGUUUGGAUGCCAUCCAAUUCACUUCAACCUUGUAACGAAUUUUGAAUUAAAUUACACCUCGAUCCACCCUAAUAUAUAUAGAUUGGUGCCAAUCCGACUAUAUCUAAACAAGUCUUGAAUAGAAAAUCAGCGCGACAUCGAGUAGUAUAGCAGCACAUGCAAGCAGAUAUCCACAAAUUUAUUAAUUUCUAUAUAGAACCAUACAUAUGUACAUGUAGCUUGGCUUUCCCCGCGCGCCGUAUAUAUAUAAGAAAAAAAGGCCCAUACACCCUGAACAGGAUCGCUGAAGAUUGAUGAGGGCUACUUACAACCUGACUUUUACAACAAGA